UUUCAAGAUUAAUUCAUCCUUUGGGUCAGGCGACACCGACUCCGAGGAACCAUAAGGUGAAAUGAUGCUACUGUUCAAUAUCCUGGCUGUUUGCCUGAGCAUGUUCAUGGAUCGUGGUGAACAUCAGGUGUUGGUCAAUGCACAACGGCAGAAGGGCGAUGGGACAUCAGCCAGUGUUCAUCAGAUUAACCACACUGUGCUGCUUCAACAGCAGUCAAUUAUCUUCAAUCACAUCUACAACAUCAACGUGCCACUUGUGUCGCUCUGUUCAGUGAGGGCAGAGAGUGCCCUGGGACGGGCUGAAUCUUCCCCGCAGGAAUAUGCUGCUGAAUACUUUGAACAAGCCCAGACCAUGGAGAGCCAGGUGGGCUUCACCCACAACAUCAACAUUCCCCAACAGGCCUGUGGUUGCCUGAGGAGCUCGCUGCUCAAGAAUCUCAUGGACCGCAUCGAGCUGCUGGAGAGAGAGGUCUCCAUGCUCAGACAAGAGUGCACUAGUGGAUACUCAGCAGCGAGCUUGGCAGCAGGGCAAGUUGAUUAUGCUCCCAUGUGCAGUGGGCAUGGGAACUUCAGCAUGGAGACUUGUGAUUGCAGCUGUGACCUCGGCUGGACAGGCAAGGGAUGCUCAGAGCUGCUUUGCUCGUCCAACUGCUCUGGGCACGGCGCGUGUAUCAAUGGGCAGUGCGUCUGUGACCCAGGCUACCUGGGGCAGGACUGCAAUGACACGGGAUGUCCAAGUGACUGCAGUGGACACGGCCGAUGUGUACAGGAGGAAUGUGUCUGUGAGGAAACCUACAAAGGAGAGGACUGUAACCAGCUGAAGUGCCCCAAUGCAUGCUCGGGAAAUGGGCAGUGUGUUAAUGACUCCUGCCUGUGCUCGACGGCUUACACUGGAGAGGACUGCAACCAGUUGAGGUGCCUGAACAACUGCAGCGACAAUGGUCAGUGCAACGGCGGCGCCUGCUCCUGUCUGGAUGGCUACACUGGACAGGACUGUGCAACAGUUGCUCCACCGAAGUAUCUCCAGACCACCGAUGUAACUGAUCGCACAGUUGAUCUGCAGUGGGAGGGUUCCUCAGAAGUCGCUGAGUAUUUCAUCACCUACCACCCGAUUAGCCCGGACUGGGUGCAAAGAGAGCUACAUGUUCCGGUGAAUCGGACAACAGCCACCAUCCAAGGAUUGGAGCCAGGCCUUGAAUACGUUAUUAAUGUCCACGCUGUGAAGGAUCAGCAGCUAAGUGAGCCCAUCAGCUCCCACCUCACCACCCAUUUGUCAACUCCUCAAGGACUUCGCUUUCAGUCUGUCACAGAGUCAGUGGUGGAGGUGCAGUGGGAUCCUUUCCAGUUUGCAUUUGAUGCUUGGGAGAUCAGUUUCAUUGCAAAGAGUAACGAAGGCGGAAUGAUAGUGCAGCUUCCUACGAUGGUAACAUGCUUUAAUCAGACGGGGUUGAGACCUGGUGAAGAUUACACAGUCAACCUGGUUGCACUCAAGGAGCAGAUGAGGAGCUUACCGGCAACAGCAACUGUUUCCACCUUAAUUGAUGGUCCAACUCGCAUCACCAUCAGGGAGGUCGCUGAUACCUUUGUUUUUGUGGAAUGGAUGCCUCCCAAAGCCUAUAUCGACCAUAUCCUCCUGUCAUAUGGGCUGACCAGUGGAACACAUAACAAGUCGAUGCUGAGACUGCAGCCCACACUGACCCAAUACUCCCUACAGAACCUGAGACCUGGCACACAAUACCAGGUGUCAGUCACUGGUGUUCAGGAACACAGACAAAGCCAGCCUGCGAUCGCUGUUUUUACCACAGAGAUUGAUGCUCCCAAAAACCUGCGUGUUGUGGCUCAAGGAUUCAGCAAGCUGGAUUUGGAAUGGGAUACCAGUCAAGCUGACAUUGAUAAAUACAGAGUGGUCUACAGCACGCUGGCAGGAGGACAGUACCAUGAAAUGAUUGUGCCCAAAAGUACAGGGCCAUCAAGCAAGAUUACACUGACUGAUCUACUGCCCAGUACUGAAUAUGGUAUCGGAAUAUCAGCUGUAAAGGAGACCAAACAAAGCGUUCCAAUCACCAUGAAUACAAGGACAGCCUUGGAUCCACCACAGGACAUCUCCUUCAGCAAUAUCUCUCCAGAUUCGGUGACCAUAACCUGGCGCAAGCCCAGCGCUGCCUUUGAUCAUUACCAGAUGUUCUACCAUCCAGUCUCAGACCACUGGGAUGGCGUGGAGAGCGUGAACAUUUCGUCACUCCAGAAUGAGUACACCCUGAACAAGCUGCAGCCUGCAACUGAGUACGCGGUAAAACUGAGCACAGUUCAGGGGCUUGCCGAGAGUCCGCUCACAUCAUCCACCGUGCAGACAGCAAUGGACAGCCCGUUCGAUGUGCAAGUUGCCAACGUGACUCCAACUGAGGUUCAGCUAAUGUGGGCUGCACCUCAGGCCGCGGUGCAGAACUAUGUUAUUAUUGUGUCACACAGCCAGGAUGUUGCAGACAAGAUUCUUAUCGAUGGGUCUGUGACACAGCAUCGACUGAUCAAUCUCCAACCAUUCACCAAUUACUCGGUCACCGUCUAUGCCACCAGGGGGUCCAUGACCAGUUCUUCUGUCUUCCUUCACUUCUUCACCCCUCUGGACUCGCCGAAGUACUUGACAGCCAGUGAUGUGAAUCAGAAGAGUGCAAGGAUUUCCUGGCAGGCUCCUCUGGCUGAGAUUGAGAAGUAUGUGCUGUUGUACAAGGACAGCAUUGGGCAACAGAAGGAGCUGAUCCUGGAAGCAGAGGACACUUGGAUACAACUGGAGAGCUUGUCAGAAGCAACUGAGUACACACUGAGGCUGCAGUCUGCACAUGACACCGUAAAGAGUUUACCAGUGGAGAUUGUGUUCACCACAGCAAGCAGUCUUUAUCCAUAUCCAUGGGACUGCACUCAACACCUACUUAAUGGAGACACAAUCAGUGGCAUCUAUACGAUCUACACCAACGGAAGGCCACAUCUAGCUGUGCAAGUGUUCUGCGACAUGGUGACUGACAACGGCGGAUGGACUGUGUUUCAGAGACGACGGAAUGGACUGACCGAUUUUUCACGGACAUGGGCAGAAUACCGCAUGGGCUUUGGAAACCUUGAAGAUGAAUUCUGGCUGGGACUGGAUAAUAUCCACAAGAUUUCUGCGCAAGCCAGAUAUGAUCUCCGGAUAGACCUGCGUGAUGGGCGAGAGUCAGUGUACGCAGUCUAUGAUCGAUUUUACCUCAGUGAUGCCAGGAAUCUCUAUAAACUAAGGAUCGGAGAUUACAGAGGGACUGCUGGUGACUCCCUCUCCUAUCAUCAGGGUCGCCCUUUCUCCACAAAAGAUCGGGAUAAUGAUGUUGCCAUCACAAACUGUGCCCUGUCAUACAAAGGGGCCUGGUGGUACAAGAACUGUCAUCGUGCCAAUCUGAAUGGAAAGUAUGGAGAGAAUCGACACAGCCAGGGUAUAAAUUGGUACCACUGGAAAGGCCAUGAAAUUUCUAUACCAUUCAUUGAGAUGAAGAUCCGACCUCACAAUUUUGAAGUAAUCUAGUGGAGAAGCAGGCAGCUAUUGUUUUUUUAUUAUGAGCUUAACUUGAUCCUCAAUGCUUCUUAGUCGUGGCGUUUAAUUAAUGAACCAGUGAUUGUAGCUCAGGCUCUUCAUCCUAACAUAUGUUAAUUGCACCCCUAUCAAUGUCCUCGGCACUUUCUCCAAGAGCAAAGAUAUUUUGAUGAUCUGCUCGUGCUUCUUGGUGAAUUGAACCAGCUCUAGUGGCAAAUCUCCCCUGAGGCGUCAGUUCAUGUUGUAAUGUGGAUGUUCCUGCAGGAGCCACACUCCCUGUACAUCUUAAUUCUUGUGGUCCACAUUGAGUGAGUGAAAAUGGACACUCUCUGGACAUUCUCCAGAGAGGACAUUCUCUUUUUCUGUAUCAAUCGACUUUCAAAUAAUUAAAUCAAACAAAAAGGUAGCUGUUGGAUUUACAAGUGUCAAGGGGUCAGAGGUGCUGAUGAGAACCAUGGAGCGAUUAAAUCAAUCAGUACAAAAACAAGCCAUGGUCCACCAUGUCCAUGCUGACUAUCAAAUACUCAUCUACACAAAUCCUAUUUACCACCACUUGGUCUGUAGCCUACCAGGCCUAGGUGAUUCAAGUACUCAUCCAAAUAAUUUUUAGAUGUGAGAGUCUUCCUCAGGCAGCAUGUUCCAACCACCCUCUAGGUUAGAUAGUUCUUCCUCAGCUCCCCAGUAAGCCUCUUAUCCUAAGCCUGUAUCAUCUAGUUUGUGAGUCAUAGAGUUAUACAGCAGGUAACAGGCUAUUUGACCAAACUAUUCCACAUCGACUAAGGUGCCUACCUGAGCUAGUCCUAUUUGCCUGCAUUUUGGCUCAUAUCGCUCUAAACCUUUC